CUCACUAUGGCAGAGUAGAGGGGGAGGAUCACCUCACUUGCCCCACUGGCCAUGCUCUUUUUAAUGCAUCCCAGGGUGCCAUUUAACAGCUGUGACAUUUCUCUUCCUUACCUUGUUCCACUUCAGAAAGGGACUUUCAUGAUUUGAUUUAUCGAUUUAUUUUCAGUCCUUCAGGGGAGGAAUAGUUUUUUCCUUGAUAGCUGUACCUUCUCUAGAGCUACAUUAAGGUAAACUCUCCACUGAGGCAUCGUUCCUUCUAGUGCACGUGCAGUUAUCUUUGCCUGAAGCCAGCCAUUCCCUCUGGUUCUUCUUUUUUUUUGUUUGUGGAGAGCAUGGAGAGAUUUUUUAAAUGUUGGUGUGACUUUUCUCACUGAAGACCAAUGUUGUACCAUAAAUGGUAGCAUCAUCUGCUCUGAAACGUUACCCUCAAUAAGGCUGUGUGAAUGCUAAACGGGAAAACUAUCAUUUAGAUUUUGUCUGGAUUUUUUUUCCUUUUAUUGCAUUUAAAAAUGAUUUAUUUUUUUACUACUGUUUGGCCACACAGUGGAUUCUGUAGUCUUAAUAAAAAGGUGCCAAAAUGUUUUCCUGUCCUAUCUGCAUUGUAACAGUGCUCGAAGCAGAACUGGAUAAGAGCAUUGUCAGAUUUGAACCUUUUCCAUCCCUCCAGCUGCGGUGUUAAUGUUAAAAUGUUUUUGGUACUGUGAAAUCCUCCAGAAAUCUCAUCUGAAAUUCCUUUUCAAAAGUAACUACGCUUGAAUUGUUGGACCCCAAAAACUAAGGUGAACUCUGCGUGCGUUCACACAAAGGCUUAAUUUGGAACGUCUGGAAAUACCCUUCCAUUCUUUCCUAUCUCUCCUUUAAAGGAAGUUCAUCGGACAAUGGGGAGAAUUUUUCCAGGCUGAACUUAAUGAGAAGGGGGCUAACAGGCCUGAGUCAUCUACAGCUGCCAGAUGCAUCCAUUUAAGUAAGGCACUACUCACAGCUUAGACAUGGCUCACUGCUGUUCUGUAGAUGCACUCGCAGGGUUGUGGUUUGGCAUGCAGGACCUGAGCUUGGUGUAACAUUUCUGACAUUCGCUCUGUAUGCGGGGUUGCUCGGGCAGCUGAUCAGCAGCACCUCCACCAUAAGCACCGAAGGCUGCUAUUGUUUUCUCCGAGAGAUGUGUAAGACUGGACACUUUAACAGAAUAAAAGUUUAACUUUUUAAUUUGCGUUUUCCUUUUAUGUCUGCUUUCUUUAAUUUGGCUGCGUGCGAAGGCGCUUCGCCUCUGACCGCCUCGCUUCUCAGAAGACAGAUGUUAAUGAUUGCUGCUGCUGUGUAGGAUUGCUGCUUUACUCAUUGCUUCAGCCUGUGUGGGUUGUGACAUUUCUUUAUGAAUGAGAACAAAAUAGAUGUACAGAGAUUCUGCUGAGGCCUGGACUGCCUUACACUUUACCAUCGCUUUAACAAAUGGCUGAAACAAUUUACCUUGCCAAAUACAGGCUGUUGGAGCACUGAUUGUCUGCUUGUAGAAACUCAGUUGGCUUUUCAGUGUGCAUCUUGCUCUCCUUCCCUAGGAGAAGGAUGGGGACUGAAGGCAGUGGAGAAUGCUGCCUGUUGCCAUAGGAAUGGUGCCUUCAGCCUGUGACUUUCAAAGAUGGUUUGAGUUUCCAUGCAGCUCAUUUAUUAUAGAGAAAGGUAUUUCUCUUGUGUUCUUCCUUCCUUUGAGGCUGUUUGACCACAGUGACAUUGUACCUACUUCAGUGACAUAGAGCCGGGGGGUGGAAGGUGCUGCUCUGUGCCAAUUUAUUGGCAUUGAGUUUUUAAUGGAAUGCUUGGCAGGGCUGAGCUAAGAAAGGAGAGGACAAAACAUCUCCUGUCGUCUAAGGCUCUCUUGGACUGGGGCUUCCUUCUGGCAAGGGGUCACCAGCUCCUCGAGUCACUGAGCAAAAGGCAGAAAUGAAAGAUGCCAUCAGAUGGUGCUUGUUGGAUUCCUAGGAAAUUGGAAUAUGGUGAUGGAAAGGAGCUUUGGGGUAAAGAACUGAUGUCUUUGCUGGGAAAAACACGAUCCAGAUCAUUCCAAAAUUUUCUGUGUAGCUCAACUAAGGCAUAGAGUGAAGACCCAGUGUUAUUGGAGCUAUGAUUUAGAUUUGUUACAUACAGUUCUCUAGCCUGACCACACCAAAAACCAGUAGGUAGAAAGCUCACAAAGGAAGUAACUGUUGUGUCAGACUGGAUAACAGUGAGAGUGCUCUCCAUUGGAAAUUCUUCUGUUUCCGAGGCUUUUGGUAACUCUGGAGAAAGGACUGUCAACGUGGGAAAAAUAUUUGAGUAUUGAUGCUUUUUUAAGUAGAUACUAAUGGACUGUUUAACACAAUUUAAACGUGUUAUCCUUAUUCCUGUGUUCCUUGUUCCUGGUGAGCAUGCUGAGAUGCUGGAGCUGGCUGUGGGGUAUCAGGAGCUCUGAUCAGCAUCAAUGGGAACCUCACUGCAGAGGAAGUGUGGGUAGCUCUGCUGCUCAGCAAGGCAGUUGGAACACUGGGGCUUUGUCUGCUGCAGGGCUCUCGGUGUUCCAGUGCUGUACCAUGAGUCUGUACCAUGGUGCUGGGAUUGGCCACAAGUACAGUUUUCCUCCAGAGCAGGAGAAAGUGUGAACAAUCUGUACAAGAGCUCUUGGAAAAGGGGGGGGGAAGGAAGGGAAAAGGGUUAAUUUCUCAGUUUUGUCUGAGCCCUUACUGCUUCCUUGUUUAAACUUACUGGAAGAGAAGAUAUUUAUGAAGAUUAUGUCCUUCAUUUGCUUUUUUGGGGGCGUUACAUGGGGUGGUGGUUUGGUUUUCCUCUUGCUGGAAAUGUCUCUCUAAGCCUCAAAAUAGCAGUGUGCCUGGAAGGGGGAAGGGCUGGGGGACUCCUGAGGCCAAACUGCUCCUGUAGUCACUGUGGUUGUCCCCUUGUUUGAGUGAUUGUCUGCUGGCACUCCCUGUGCCAUGCUUUGCUGUUGGGAGUGCUUUUUUACAGUGCAAUCCAUAAACAGGGAAGCUGUGGUUUGCUGUUGUGCGUGUGAACUCGAGUGGCUUCUGAAGUUAGCAUGUGUGUGUAAGAUGGGGAGUGGAGAAGAUGGCAUGCUGGGGAAAAGAUUACUGGAAAUGAGAAGUGGUGGUAUGAAUGACCUCGGUAACACAGGGGAAGGGUAUGGGACUGCAUGCAAACAUUGUUUGUCUGGAUUGCUGCUUCCCUGAGUAAGGGACACAGCCUUACAGGCAGCAGCUGCAGCAGGCUGGCUUUGUUGCCUUGUCUUUGUUUUGUUUUCCUACUGAUUACACAGCAUUCUUCAAAACAGCUUCGUCAUCUGGAGAGGCUCCUUAAACAAGAGGGAAGAACUACCUAAUGGUUUUCUUCUGAGAGAGAUACAGAUGGAUGGAUAGAUAUCUGCUCCCGCGUAGCAGCGACAGGAUGAGAGGUGAUGGCCUCACGUUGUGCUGAGGAGGUUCGAGUUGGGUGUUAGGGAACAGUCCUUCUUGGAAGGAGUGGUGCUGCACUGGCACAGCUGCCUGGGGAAUGGUGGGCUCACCGUCCCUGGGGCUGCUCCAGAGCUGUGGAGAUGUGGCACUGAGGGAUGUGUCGGGCAUGGGAGAGGGGGUGGGUUGGGGAUCUGGGAGGUCUUUUUCAACCUGGAAGAUUUGAUGAUUCUGUGCUCGAAAUGAGAUGCUCUCUAGUGAAAAUCCUGAAUUCUCUUUUCAUUCAAAAUAAAACACCAAAAAGAAGGGGGGCUGGGGGAGUUGAUUUGCAUGGGAUUCUCUUACAGAAUAAGGUAUCUUUUUCCUGAACACCACCUACUUCAGAUGGAUUUUCAGUUGCUAGCUAAGUGUGUUUGGAAACAACCUCUUUCCCAGCAGCAGCUGUGAAUGAGACCAGCCAGUGAAUUUGGCUGAACUGCUGGUGGAAGCCCUUCAGUUUUAGCACCCCUUGGUCUCAUGUUUGUCACCUCCUGGUGGUUGGGCUCCUUGCUGGUAGGGCUGCUGGUUUGCUGGCUGAGCAAAGAGUUUGAGUGACUGCAUUUGUUGCUCUGUUUGGUAGCCCUUGAUCUUUUCAUCCUACCUGAAUCUUAUUCUACCUCUUUAAUUUACUACUGUGUUUACCAGUUUUUUAAUCUGGUUUAUUAAACUAGCCAUUUCUCCCUGGGGCUAAGCAGCAAACUGUGAUCACAAAGAACAAACCGGAGCAGAACGCUUCUGUACAGCAGCACCGAGAACUGGAGCAGAGCUCCAUCACUGAGCGCUGGGAGCCAGCAGCCAUGGAGAGGUCAGUGCAGGAGGCAGCAGUGCUUGCUCUGUGCUUGCAUUUGUCACAUGCUGCCUAAGGGUCACGUGUCGAGGUGGCACAGCUGUGCACAGCCGGGCUGGUGGGACUGUGAUGGCGUCUGUCACCCAACAGCAGAUGCAGAAGUUCCGUGAGGAUGGUUUCCUUGUCCUGGAGCACUUCUUCAGCCUGGAGGAGUGUGACAGCAUGAGGAGCAGCAUCCAGAGGAUCCUGGAUGGGAUGGAGGUGCCACCACACUGCCGGACUGAGUUCUCCACCAAGGAGGAGGAACAGCUCCAGUCACAGGGCAGCUCGGAUUAUUUCCUCACCAGUGGAGACAAGGUCAGGUUCUUCUUUGAGAAAGGUGUUCUGGAUGAGAGAGGCAACUUCCUAAUUGCAAAGGAGAAAUCUGUCAGUAAGAUUGGCCAUGCCUUGCACGCCCACGAUCCUGUCUUCAAGCAGAUCACUCACUCCUCCAAGGUGCAGGAACUGGGGAGAAAACUAGGCCUUGAGAGACCAGUGGUUGUGCAGAGCAUGUACAUCUUCAAGCAACCUGGCAUCGGUGGGGAAGUGACACCACACCAGGAUGCCACGUUCCUGCACACGGAGCCCCUGGGAAAGGUUCUGGGCUUCUGGAUUGCACUGGAGGAUGCCAUGGAGGAGAAUGGCUGCUUGUGGUUCAUUCCUGGCUCCCACACCAGUGGGAUUACCCGCAGAAUGGUGCGUGCAGCCCAAGGUGCCUCGACGUGUGUGGAGUUUGUAGGGUCAGAGCCGGCCUACGAUGACAGCAAGUUCAUACCUGUGCCCAUAAGUAAAGGUGGGCUCAUUGUCAUCCAUGGAGAAGUCGUCCAUAAGAGUGAAAUGAACAGCUCGGGGUUCUCUCGCCACGUGUACACCUUCCAUGUGAUGGAGGCCAAAGGCACCAAGUGGAGCAAGGAGAACUGGCUGCAGCCAACUCCCGAAUUGCCUUUUCCACCGCUCUACACUUGACGUUCACGAUUGGCUUCUGGAGUCAACUAGCUGGUCAGCGUUCCUAUGAUUGCUUGUCUGUGUUCUCUUUAAAUGCAGUUCACUAGAUCAAUGCUCAAGAUAUAAUUAUCUACUGUGAGCAAGCUCCCUUCAUGCAGCCAAAUCUGCCUGCCUUAGGUAGAAGCUUCUGCUGCAGGAUGAGCCCUGCUCUGAGGAUAGUAGCCCAGUGCUUUGGUGAGGAAAUUUCUUCUGUUUCCAGAAUAGGCCAUUAAGGAGAGUUCCACCUUGACCAUGGCAAUGGUUGAGAAGUAUUUCUUGUUGUAGAGCUGUAGUAUUUGAAGUCGAGAACUCAUUUAGUGCUUGGAUCUGUUAAUCGGCUGUGCGGGUGAAUGUGCUGUUUGAAGAUGGCUGGCUUUUAGCCUUGGGUCUCUGUCCUAUUCUUUGAAUAGUAAUAAAGACAAUGCUACUGUGGGCAAAGUGAAUCAGGGAGUCUACUUUUUUAAUUAAUCACUCUUCUGGAUAUUUCUUGCAAAUUGCAGCUGAAUGUUUGAUCUCUAGGCUUGAUUAAAAAUAUCAGCGUUCUUAAAGAUGUUGAAAAUAUGAAAACAACAACAAAAUCCCU